UCUGUCGGCAGUUAGUCGCGGCACUUCCAUCGUGAAACGCGUGUCUCCGCUUCGUUCGUAAUUUCUCGUCAGCCACAGUGUCGUUAAACAUCCCUCGUUGUCAACCCUGCGGUUAACGCUUGUCAAGCUAUUUUUAUUUUUUAUUCCUUGUAUCAAGGUCUCGAGUGUUGAUCGUGUUCGACUAAACAGUUUGGAGCAUCGAAAAACUGUGCAACAGGUUUAUUUCCAGUUGUUUCGCAUCUUGUUGUAUUUAUUCGUGCUUUCUGCAGAAUUCGUUGGAAGUUUUAUUGGGGCGGGGCAGGGAGAAAUUAUUUAUUUUGUUCGUAGAAUCGACUGAAGUCUUUCGAAGAAAGUGAAUUUCUAUCGCGCGAUCGACUGUGCGGAAUUUCGUUGAUUCUUUUUGGUGAAGACGAAUUGUUUUUGAGAGAAGAUUACCACGAAGAUUCUUUAGUUCUCAAGCUCUGCAUCGAAUAUAGCAAUCUAAGAUCCUGGAAUUACAUUCUAUUUCAAGUUUGAUCAAGUUUCUGGUUCAACUACUCCGAAAGAUCGGACCAACGGUCUAAAAUCUCGACAGUUUAUCAUUUUAAAAGUUUAACGAAAUCUUUACUAGGAUUACGCUGAAAUAAACAUCGAACCAAAAGUUUGAGCAAGAGCGAUACUUGGAUCAAAUUUUCGGUCGAAUUAUUUGAAAAAUAAAAUUCGAAUCGAAGAAUCUAAAAUUCCGAAGCUGUAAUACCGUUCCGAUAUUUAGAAUUCUCGGAACCUAAAUCUCUAGAAAUUUCCUUGCAAGAUAAAAAUCCGUCGAAUUUGGAAAACUCGAUAGAAUCUUCCAAGAAAUCUGGAACUCUGAAAUUUUUGGCACACGAAAAUUAGAAACUAAACGUUUGAGAAGAAAAUUUUUAGACGAGCGGACGAUUGGCGGGCCGUGACCGAAAUCCUCGUUUUUACAAGUUCGCGAAAUUUCACAGAGUUUUGAAACGAAGGAAGAACGUAUUAGAAGGCGAGGGGAAAAAGUUGGAAGAAUUCGAAGGAGAAUUGGAAGAAACGGUUAGGAAAAAAGAAAAAUCGGCGAGGUUGUCUCGAAGGCCAGCUACCUGGCACAGAUAAUCGAAGGAGAAGAAAGUUUCGUCUGGGUGCUGUAUCCGGUUAAAGACGUCGCCCACCUUCCUCGAUCGUGUGCUCAUCUUCGAUCGAUCUCGUAAUUCCUCUUUCAUCGUUCGGUUUCUUUCCUCGUGGGGAAUUUCUGUGAAAGGAGAAAAAAGAGGAAAGCGAAGAGAGAGGUUUGGAAGCAGGAAUGCCGGCCUGUUAAUGAUCUUCGCGCGCUUCUUCGCCGUGGAAACGGAAGGAAUGAGAGGCACCGCGGGUGAAGUUCCACGGUGCCGAUUGAAUGGAGCUACUUCCAAGUGGUUUUGACCGUUUCUCGUGUUGGAUGACUCGUCUCUCUCUCACGCAACACGAUUGGACGUCCGCGUGAGUGGAGCCGGGGCCACAGAGCCAGCGUGUCUCAAUCGAUACGCAGCUAGUCGAUCAGCAUGAAGUGGCAGAACUGUGGCGGCGUAGGGUCCAGGUGCGUCAGGCGCGCUCUGUUGUUCGUGUUCGUCUGGGGCCUGGUGAUGAUCGCAGCGGUGCAAUUCCGUCAUGUGGAGAACAGCCUCAGAGAGACACCAACGGCCGAAGAGUCCGCUAACGACCUUCUCCUCGACGACAUCUAUCGUCGACGCGAAAUAAUGAAGAACCGUGGCUCUUCCAGUCUCGGUCUCUCCAGAUAUUUGUUGCAAAGAUCCUCAGCAGACUCGAGUUUUUCAAAUUCCGGUGGUUCCAGCCUCUUAACAACUUUGACCACCAUAUCCAACAAUCCAACGAAAAAUCCUUCAGAUUUGGAGCCAUUGUUGGAUAAAAGACCAGCGAAAACAGAGGAAGAGUUGAUCGAGGAAAUAGAACAGAGGAUACCUAGUCUGCCUUUAGCUUACUGGAACAAGAACAGCAAAUAUCCUGCUGGUCAGAGCAAGACUAAAGGCAAUUAUAGCUGUUCCAAUCUGAAGUAUCCCUCUAUCUACGAUAUAGAGUUUAAUAACGUUUACUGGCAAACGAUGCGAACCGGCAACGGCACGUUUCAAUUGUUCGGCGCUUAUUACGACCGUAGAAAGUUGUCGAGAAUAGGGCCAGCCGUUAGGAUCGUUGGGAUGAUCGAUAGAAUCGAGCCUACUGUAAAGACUCACUGUCAAUUUUGGUACGAUGGAGAAAGAGAUCCUAUCAUUGUCGAAACCCUGGAAUAUAAAUAUAUCUGGUACCCUAAAUGGGGUAACUACAAACAGGGAAUCUAUCAGCCGUACGUAAUUGCCUGCAAGAUCCCCCAGUCUCAUUGGUCGAAGGGACCUCCGGCUUCAGUUUCUAUGGUGGAAAAGAACUGCGACACUCCCAGCAAUAAUCUUAGAGUCAUAUACAAUAAGCCAGAACGUAAAAAAGAUUUUGCCGUCUGUGUGAAAGGUUUAGACUUCCUUCACGAGGAUUUGUCUGUCAGACUGGUCGAAUGGAUCGAAUUAAUUAGCCUGUUAGGCGCAGACAAGAUCUUCUUCUAUCAGCUCCAGGUUCAUCCUAACGUGACAAAGAUUCUAGAUCAUUAUCAGAAGUUAGGAAUGGUCCACGUGACUCCGCUGACAUUACCUGGUGGGCAACCUAACGUUCCUGCUUUUCAACACAUGUAUCUGACGAAGAAGACCAAUCAUAAGAGACAGAACGAACUGAUUCCUUAUAACGACUGUUUGUACAAGCAUAUGUACGAGUAUGAAUAUAUCGCUUUAUUGGAUGUGGACGAAGUGAUCAUGCCAGUGAAAGACGCUACGUGGCAGGAUUUGAUGAAGAGGGUGCUGCAAAAAGCGUUAAAGAUUAGAAACGAGACUAGGGCUUCGUAUAACGUGAGGAACGUGUAUUUCCUCGACGAUUUGCUGCACUCGCACGGGUACUUUAAGGGCAUGCCAAAGUACAUGCAUAUGUUGCAGCACGUCUAUCGUUCGCAAAACUUCACGAAACCUAAUCAGUACAUCAAGUGCUUCCACAAUCCGGAGAGGGUGGUGACCUUGCACAAUCACUUUCCUUUGGCCUGUUUGGGCGCCGGUUGCACCAGUUACCCCAUAGAGACCGAGGAUGCUCAACUUCAGCAUUACAGAGCCGAUUGCGUGAAAUCGUUGAAGAAGACUUGCGUCCAAUAUCGCGAAAACAGCGUGUUAGACACGACGAUAUGGCGAUACAAGGACCAAUUAAUCGAAAGAGUCACCAGGACGUUGGAAACUCUUGGUUUCUUUGGACCGAGCUAGCGAGAAUCAGGAUUCCUGAUUUUUUAUUUCGCGUGCUAUCGACGACGAAGCUUGAAACCGUUUAGAAUCGUUUCCUCCGUUCGUCUCGUUUCUCCUUCGAUCGAUUUCCUUUAAAACGGUCCAACGUGCGAAAAGUUUGCUACUCGAACGGUCGCUAGGAACACGUUUGCUUCGAUCGACAAAGAAUUUUUAUCGAUUCCGAUGUUUAACUAUAAAAAUCUUUUUCUAUGAAACUUUUCAUUCGGAUCGAAUACUUGUCGCACUAUGGUGGUUUGCUUGAAAUAUUUUUUAAAACCAAAGUAAGACGACACCUUGACGAAUAGAAUGUAUCGAUGCGUGAAAUAUUAACAAGUAUUUGUCUGUUAUAAAGAUAUUACAUAUCUUCUUAUCGUUAUCGAUUCUUCGAAAUUUGAGAAAAACUCGAUGCGCCGUAAGAAAAGAAUCGGUGGUUAUGACAACGAAGCGUCGUGAUUCAUCGACACGUUCGAGGAAGAAAAGGCUGUGUAAAUCGGACAGAACGUACGGCGACGAUUAGAAUAAUCUAUAGAAUAAGGAUAAGGAUAGCGUUAAUGAUUUUUCAAUUUGUGCCACUGGACGAAAUGUAAACUCGAUUCGCGGAAUCGUAGAUUGGAAACGUAACUUCUUUGCUCAACGAGAUAGCCACGAAUUAUUUGGUUCUCGAUUAACUAUGCUGUCACGCGUGUGAUACGCUUUUUACGAAAUCGAAUAUCGUCAAACGAACGCAAUCGAAAGACUGGCAACUAAUUACAGUUGCACUUGAAAUUCGAACCGAGGGAAACCUAUUUCGUCGUGUAACGCGAAAUAUUUUAUUUCUAAUAAUCGUAUCAUUCGAUACGUCGAAUUUUAUCAACUAGAGAAAUUCAAAUUUUCAACAAUUCGUGCAAUGUAUCGCGUAUUCGAGUAUUUGGAAAUAUUUGCAUAUUAAACCGAAACGGAAGAAUUUGAAUACUUUUCGAGCUUGAAAAUUCCGAACCUUAAGAACAUAGAGAUUUUGGCUAUUUUUUAAUAUCCGAAUAUUUGCAGAAUUUAUUAGAACGAAUUAGUCGAUUUCUUAAAUUAGCGAACGCCAACCGAAUUUUCGAUUAGGCGAAUGUUUCGAGUAAUUUGAAAAGUCAAAUAAUAUUGGACUUACUGGAAAAAUUCGAGAACCGAAGAGACGAGAUUAUCGCGUUAAACGGAACGCUGGUUAUGCCGUAUAUUUCGAAUUUGAAAGAGAAGAAUAAAA